CAGACCGUGUUUACUAAGUGACCCGCCUCUCCACACCUCAGUGUCCUGUGACCCGGACAGUUGACUGGAGUCUGGACAUGACGAGCUCAGAGAUACUGUCCGGACUGAUCAUGGUCGGCCUCUUUACCGUCAUGUGCUCUGGACAAAUUUCACAAGAACUGUCCUCGGAAGACUCACAACUGUCCCAGCUUGAAACGGAGAACGAAUUAGUUGAGGCUAUGACUGCACUUUUGGGGAGAUAUAAGACCAGUUUACCAACUUCAGAAAAACGUGGCAUUGCGCAGUGUGCUGUGGGGUCCCGCUGCGCCAUGAGACUCGGUCCACGCUUUGGGAAAUUGUGUGAAUGUGUCAGAGGAUCCAACUGUAACUCAUUUCUUCUGAAGUGCAUCUGAAUCAUUAAAAAGAAGCAAAUCCAUCAUCCUUUCUUGAUGCAUAAUGUCAUGCACAAACGAUGACCUGAAAGACGCAGGGUGGAAAUCUGUUUUCUGAAUCACUUGAUAAGGUCCAUGAUAACAAGUUUUCAUCAAAACGCAGAAUGUAACAAAACAGCAUGGGUUUUAUGUUUAUAUUAUUUAUAUUUUUUAAU